UUUUCUUCGGUAUUAACUGUCGGCGCACGAGCGCUCCCGAGUGCGCGCUGCUUAUCGUGUGAAUAAUACUACGUUCGUUGAUAUUUGCAAAAAUGUCACGAGAACAAUUGAUUUUCUUUCUUAUAAGCAAUUGUCAUUUUCAGCUCAUUGCUUAAAAUCACGUUCGAACUGACCUGCUAUAUUUUUUGCUAGCGAUAUGAAAUCUUUAUGAAACAUUUUACGCGAGCAGCUUGUUCUCAACACACUAGCAAUUACGUCUUUCUGUACUGGCUAAUUUUAGAUUGCCCUUUUUUGAAUAGAUUAAAUCGGUUGCGUUCUCUACAUCGCAACGAAUCUAUAACAACGGAUGUUUAUUUAUUCAAACAGUCUCAUUGGAAAAAAUAGACUUUGUAGUUGACCCACACACGGAAGACCUCAUUAUACCUUUUGUUGCGCAGUGAAUAAAGAGAUGUAUGUUAUUUUCAAACAAAUUUACAUUUUUUUAGAGUGCCGAGAUACUUUGCACCAACUUCACCUUCAUUCUUAUAAAUGAGCAACAAUGGUCGUCUCAAUCUUUUGUAACAUAUAACGUUUUCACGCAUCGGCAAUUCCGUCAUUGAAACGCUGUUGCGAAAAAAAAUAGUGAAUAUUCAUUUUCUUUUUACAAAAUGACUUUUACAGGAUAGACGUUAAUAGAAAUAAUCAAGUGAAAUCUUGUUAAGUAGCAGUGAUGAGUUUGUUAUAAGUGAAAUUCCGUUCGAUACUAGUGAUGGGUUUGCUGCCUUAUCCCAUUAAAUAUCAAUGGCAAGCUCGCGACGUUCCAAAAGAGCGGAAACUACUGGCAGCGUCUACUUAGCCGCUAAGUACUCUACUAUCCUUAUUCUAAUAAAAGACGUAAAAAGUCGAAGGUUUAGCAGCGUAAGCCUUCGAAAUAAAUUCAAAGGAAAUACGAUGGUCCGAUUUCAAUCACAAAAUAACUUUAGUUUAGCAAAUUAUGAAUAAUCCUAAUGGACAACCAUUAUGUGAAGGAAGUCAUAGUCCUGCAGUAGCUAGUUCAUUGAAGUUUUGGUGAAGAAUAGAGCACACGAGCGAGUCGAAACAAUGGCGGAAGCCCAAAUGGCUGUAUUAUCCGCGGCCAGCGAUGCCGUUGGGAGUAUGUCGAUACCUUCGUUGAGCACAUACCCGCAACAACAGAAUGCCAGCUCGGGCUUGAGCGCUGAACAGAUGACAGAGAUCUUGCAAGGCUUUUACGAGGAGUUCAACAGCAAGACUAAUUAUCUUCUGAUUGGGCUCUAUGUGCCCGUUUUCGUACUCGCGAUCACCGCCAACAUCUUGGUCAUCAUCGUGGUCUUCAAGUAUCAAUAUAUGCGCAGCGUAACCAACUAUUUCGUGGUGAACUUAUCGGUGGCCGAUCUACUGGUGACCUGUAUCUGCAUGCCCAUGGCAAUAAGUCAAGCUGUAUCGAUCAUAUGGGUCUUCGGAGAAGUUAUGUGCAAGCUUUUUUACUACUUGCAAGGUGUGGCUGUUGCAGCUUCCGUCUUCACGAUCACUGCAAUGAGCAUUGACAGGUAUCUUGCGAUACGAAGCCCAAUAGCUUUAAGAAGGUUAUUUAAUCGUAAAAGUACGAUAAUUGUCAUCGCAUCUUUAUGGGUCGUUGCUCUUGGUAUUUUCUCUCCUGUCUUGAAAGUUGUGACGCUGCAAAGUCCAACGACGGAUUUAGAUAACAUAACUUUUGCAGGCCAGUGGUCUAAUCAAGAUUUACAGAUGCCAAAACCUCCAUCGUUUUAUGUUUGUUCAGAGGAUUUUAAAUCGCUUGGUAUUCAUGCUCACGUCUUUGGCGCUACUUGCUUCGUCCUUGUCUAUGCAGUCCCGGGUUUGAUAGUGAUGGUAGCAUAUUCUAUGAUGGGUCGAACUUUGUGUGCUCGAAAACCUCCUUUUGAUUGUGAUAGUAUUGAAGGUAGCGCAAGUUCUCAGCAGGGUUUCAGACUUGUCCGUGAGAGAAAAAAAAUAGCAUGGAUUUUGCUAUUACUUGCGGUUCUCUUUGCGCUAUGCUGGUUACCUUACAAUGUACUUAGAUUACUUGUAGAUCUUGGCGUUGUUCGUGAUGGUAGAGUCAUCUCCGAUGUAUUGUCCUACUGCCUUUUCCUUGGACACGCGAACAGCGCUCUCAAUCCCAUUGUUUACUGCUUCAUGACGCGCAAUUUUCGAAGAAGCGUCGCUGAAAUUUUAUGUCUGGAAACGUACGGCAUUGCAAGACCUCAUCGCCAAACUUUGGGCUCGGCAGUAGGCGCCUAUGCAGGCGGCCAUGCCGGCGCGAUGCGCGGCAGCCGUUACCAGCAGAAGGUCCUUCUUGGCAGCAGCGGCGAGCCCGCCAACAAUCUUACCGCCUUGGCACCCUUGGCGUCGACCACGCUGCCCCUCGCCACAACGGCUCAAAGCAAUCCGAGUCCGGCUCACGCGGCGGCCGCAGUUCUCGCCCUCAAUCAGCGCAGCGCGACCAGCAGCUCGAGCAGCGGCUAUGACAGCUACUACAGCCGUCACAGUCCGCACCGGCGUUGCUACAUGCUCAAGAACAUGCCGCAGAAUCGCGACCUCGACUACCUUCACAAGGAAAGGACUGUUGCCGGGAAUCUAUGUGAUAAUUGAAGAUAAGCCUUUCCAUAAUCACCAAUGGAUCAAAAUAUAAAAAUGAAUUAUCAGCGUCAAAUAUGCAAAUAUUUUUUUCGUCUUAUAUUAAAAUAAAGAUUUAUUAUUAGCAUUGGUUAAAUAUUCAAAAUCUAAAUUUAUCUUAAUGUAUAAAUUUUAUUCUUUGAACUUAUCUUGAAUUUCCAAAGAAAAGUAUAUAAAAAUCUAUAUUUAAUACUCAUAAAUAGAGGUAAAAGUGCAAGAUAUAUAGAAUUGAAAGACGAGUCGUCAAUAAGUAAUUGUCAAUCUGUUAAUAGAAAAAUGUUGCGCAGAACAUAAUAAGGUAUAACAAUUAUAACAUCAUGUAUAAACAGUUGAAUACACGGCAUGGCAAAAUUAAUUGUACUCUGGUUCUAACUAUACUGCGUGUGUAUGCAUUUAUUUCGCUCUAUUUGAAUAUGAGAGUAAAAUAAAAUGAUUUCAUUUUUCGUUAUUGUUUCGGAUGCUGAGCAUGCGGACAAUCCCUUUUUAAAAUUUGUACAAACUUGCAGAUAUUGGAAUAAAAAUGUAUAAUUCCAUAUUUGUUGUUGACUUCAUUUUAUGAGGUACGAACAAGAGCACGAAGCAUCACUUUGCUAAGCUGCAAAAAUGUAUUUUUGCUGAAAGACAGGAAUACAUAUUUCUGGACUUAUUUUUUCAUAGGACUAUCACUUUUAUGUACAGAUGAAUAAUGUCUAUAUCCAGAUCUUUUAAGAUCCCAAUACAAUAAGUGAAGAAAAUUUCCACGGCUUUUCUCUGACGAUUCGCCAAAAUUAAUUAUUGAUUGUAGCUGCUUGAAACAAUUACAAUCGAUAAAUGCUCAUCCCUGCGUUGUGAUGAAUUAAAAGCGAAAUGUUCUUUAUAGCUGUUAGCAGGAAAUUUCCUCAUAAAAAAUUAAAAAUCUAAUGAUAUCUUGCAGCUGUUGGAUUGGUUAAUAUGCGUGCUACAUUAUUUCGUUUUUGCUUUGAGCGUGAACAUUAAUGGCAGCUGAAAAUGGCAAUCAUUGUUGGCUUUUUAAUAUUUUCACGUCACGACUACACAAAUCUAUUUAUUCAAGUCAGUAAAUUAAUCAGUCGUUCUUUACUUAUAGCUUGCAAAAUUUAUCGACAGAAAUUCAUUUAAGCAAAUACGAUUCAUUAUUUUAGCAGUGUCAAAUGGGUCUAUUAAGUUCAGUUAUCAUCAUUAUUUCACCUCUCACGUAAAUAUUAACAGUUAACUUAAUUGCUUAUACUUUGAUAUUUUUAUAAUUUGUGUCAAGAGUGUAGUAAAAUUCGCUAUUCCAGUUGCACAUAAUCUGACACUUGUCCAUUUGUAAAAGCGAACUAGCUUUAAGGAUUCUGCUAUACGAGUAGUUUCACAGAAAAAUCCCUUUAAUUCGGUAAGAUAAAAAAAAUGUCAAAUAGCGUGUACACUCCUAAUUCUUGAACACUCUAUGGUGUAUCUGAAAUUUAAAAAAGAAAUUGAGCCUUUCGUAUUUUCUUUUAUUCAGAAACUAACAUUUGAUUUAGUAAUUUAUCAUGAAACUUAUUUGUUUUUAAUGGUGUCAAUUCUUCUAUGGGGAAUGAAAAUUAGAUGCAUGUAUUUUGACAAUUCCGUAGUAUCGUUGUUUGAAUAUAUGAAAAUAAACGUGUUGAAUUAUAGCAGUUUUUUGGUGGAAUUACUCAUAUUGUUAGCAUUGCAUAAACUUUUAUUAAUAAAGAGUAUUAGCGUAAUCUGUAUGUUGUUUAAGAAUAUGCAUUAUUAUUAUCAUUAUUAUCAAUAUUAUUAUUAGCUAUUAUUCUACUGCUAAUAAUUAUUAAAACUAAGAAAUAAAGACAUAAUUUUAAUGC